CCACCCCACCCAAUCCAUUUGAUUUUCUUUCCAUCACCUCCUCUUGUUUCUUUCUCCCCCUUCUUCUUCUUCUUCUUCUUCUUGGUCCCUUAACUGUCACUGUUUCUUCACAUUUCUGAAAGAACAGAAAAAGAAAAGCUCUUUCAAAGCUUUUUUUUACUUCUUUUAAUUUCAUUUUCAUCAAUACCAAUUUUUCAACAGUCCGUACGGCACAUUUCGCAUCGCAGCAGGAAGACCCAAUACUCGUUUUCUCUUCCGAAUCGGAAACGGAGGCGAGGGGUUUCUUCGAUUUGUUCUCUCUGAGCUCCGAGAAGUUGUGUUUUUGCUCUAAAAAAUGAGGGAAAGCCAGCGGUUUUUGUUGGUUCUGAAGCCGAUCGGAGAGUCGCCGGCGAUUUGAUGGAAUCGAUGCUGUUGGUGGUAGACUCUUCUACAUUUCAUGGAGGUGAUGGUUCGGUGCACUCCAUGUGCCGUACACAGAUUUGGUGCCAGGUCCCGAUUUGCCGUGGUUGUUCUCGAGAUUGUAUUGAUAUUAGUAUGUUUGGAGGCUACUGAGGCAAAAACAACAGAACACAAGCUACAUUGGCAAGGCCCCGAAACGGGAACUGAAAACAUUGUGUCGCAUUCGUGCAUUCAUGACCAGAUACUCGAGCAAAGAAGGCAGCCCGGUCGAAAGGUGUACACUGUUACCCCACAGGUAUAUGAGGAAUCUGGUAUAGUAAAACCCAUUCACAGGAAAGGGAGGGCGUUGCUUGGUAUUUCUGAGUCAUUAGAGCAACAGAAGGACGCUAAGCAGCCUAUUAGGAUUUACCUAAAUUAUGAUGCUGUUGGCCAUUCGCCCGAUAGAGAUUGUCGCAAUGUUGGUGAAAUUGUGAAGCUUGGAGAGCCUUCCGUGUCUUCUAUUCCUGGAUGUCCUUCUUGUAAUCCUCAUGGAGAUCCUCCGAUCUCUGGUGACUGCUGGUACAACUGCACUUCGGAUGAUAUAGCGGGGGAGGACAAACGGCGUCGCCUUCGCAAGGCUCUAGGGCAGACAGCAGACUGGUUCAGGAGAGCCUUGGCUGUUGAACCUGUCAAAGGGAACUUGAGGUUAAGUGGUUAUUCUGCAUGUGGUCAAGAUGGAGGUGUACAACUGCCGCGUAAAUAUGUUGAAGAGGGCGUUGCUGAGGCAGAUUUGGUUCUGCUGGUGACAACAAGGCCUACCACUGGCAACACACUUGCCUGGGCAGUGGCAUGUGAGCGUGAUCAAUGGGGCCGAGCAAUUGCUGGCCAUGUUAAUGUUGCUCCUCGUCAUUUGACUGCUGAAGCGGAGACUUUACUCUCAGCUACACUCAUACAUGAGGUUAUGCAUGUUCUUGGAUUUGACCCCCAUGCCUUUGCCCAUUUUAGGGAUGAAAGGAAAAGAAGGCGUAGUCAGGUCACAGAACAAGUCAUGGAUGAAAAGCUAGGGCGUACUGUAACACGUGUUGUGCUUCCACGCGUUGUCAUGCACUCACGGCAUCAUUAUGCUGCAUUUUCUGAGAAUUUCACUGGUCUAGAGCUAGAAGAUGGAGGAGGGCGUGGUACAUCAGGUUCACACUGGGAAAAGAGGCUACUGAUGAAUGAGAUUAUGACUGGUUCAGUGGAUACUAGAUCUGUGGUCUCAAAAAUGACACUGGCUUUGCUAGAAGAUAGUGGAUGGUACCAGGCUAAUUAUAGUAUGGCAGACCGCCUUGACUGGGGCCGUAAUCAAGGAACCGAUUUUGUCACCUCCCCUUGCAAUCUCUGGAAGGGCGCUUACCAUUGUAACACAACUCAGUUGUCAGGCUGUACAUACAACAGGGAGGCGGAGGGUUACUGUCCAAUUGUGAGUUAUAGUGGAGACCUUCCCCUGUGGGCCCGCUACUUCCCACAGGCUAACAAAGGUGGACAAUCCUCAUUGGCUGAUUACUGCACCUACUUUGUAGCUUACUCUGACGGAUCCUGUACAGAUGCUAACAGUGCACGAGCACCUGACAGAAUGUUGGGUGAGGUGCGUGGGAGCAACUCAAGGUGUAUGGCCUCAUCAUUAGUGCGGACUGGGUUUGUACGAGGUUCAAUGACUCAAGGAAAUGGUUGUUAUCAGCACAGAUGUGUUAAUAAUUCGUUAGAGGUUGCUGUGGAUGGGAUGUGGAAAGUAUGCCCUGAAGCUGGUGGACCAAUUCAGUUCCCUGGCUUUAAUGGUGAAUUGAUCUGCCCCGCGUACCAUGAACUCUGUAGCACAAACCUACUUCCUGUGUCUGGACAAUGCCCAAAUUCAUGUAAUUUUAAUGGAGACUGUGUUGACGGAAGGUGCCACUGUUUUCUUGGGUUUCAUGGCUCUGAUUGUAGUAAACGUUCUUGUCCUAAUAGUUGUAGUGGACAUGGCAAUUGCCUUUCUAAUGGGCUGUGUGAGUGUGAAAAUGGGUACACUGGUGUUGACUGUUCAACUGCUGUUUGUGACGAGCAAUGCAGCCUUCAUGGAGGGGUUUGUGAUAAUGGAGUCUGUGAAUUCCGUUGCUCCGACUAUGCUGGCUACUCAUGCCAGAACAGCUCCACACUUCUCUCUAGUCUUUCAGUUUGUGAAAAUGUGCUUGAAAGAGAUAUUUCUGGCCAGCACUGUGCACCCACUGAACCUGGUAUACUGCAGCAACUUGAAGAAGUUGUUGUCAUGCCCAAUUACCACCGUUUAUUUCCAGGUGGUGCUAGAAAGCUAUUUAACAUUUUUGGAAGCAGCUAUUGUGAUGCUGCCGCAAAGCGCUUGGCCUGCUGGAUCUCAAUCCAAAAGUGCGAUAAGGAUGGAGACAACAGGCUGCGAGUGUGCCAUUCCGCAUGCCGGUCAUAUAAUUUAGCAUGUGGAGCAUCACUUGACUGCUCCGACCAAACCCUGUUCAGCAGUGAGGAAGAAAGUGAAGGUCAAUGUACUGGCUCUGGCGAGAUGAAACUCUCUUGGGUUAAUCGUUUCCAGAAUAUUUUAUCCUUGAGAGACAAGUCUGUAAAAUAUAGGUAGCUCUAGUGCCAUUGUUUUUCAUUUUUUUCCCCACUUCUGAUUGUAGUUUUGGCUUGUAAUUUUCUAGGGUCUCUUUGUAGGAAAAAAAAAAAAAAAAGGCACGUAAUGCAUGUGUACUAGAUGUAGCUUCCCUUCUGCAUGACCCAAUAAUGAUUAAAAAAAUAUUGGGUUUUGAAGGUUACGAGUUGUGGCAUUCAAAGAUGAAAGCCACUUGUAGAGAAAA